GUAAAAGAUUUUAAAAUUUUAACGGUAAGCAAACUUUACAUAUGGUUGUCAUACUCUUGCUAGUUGCUACAUAUCAGAAAAAAAAACAAAAAACAAAAAACAAUCAAGACUUUUGUGCCAGUCACUGGUGUUUUUUCUUGAGGUUUUUUUAACUUUUGACAAGUACUGGAGCUAUUAGACUUUUCACGAAGACAUUUCCUCUAUUGAAUAGGCGAAUGAUCUUAAGAAUGUUGAUGGAAAGUCUACUAAAACUAAAAUAACUAAUUGUCCUUUCAAACUAGAAAAAGGUAAUGUUAGUAUUAUACUCACGUGGUGAGUAGGGAAGAGAUAACUCAUAUAUCGCUUGAAGAAUUUUAAGUUUAUUUAUGGACACAAAUUGAUACAAUAAAAACAAAACCAAGUGAUGUAUGUUGUAUGUAUGUAAAGUUAGCUGUAUACGUGUUCGCAUUUUUGUGUAAUUGGUUAUGUAUUUCGUGUAUAGGUUGUUUAAAAUAUAUCUACAUCGAUUCAAGUUUAUGAAGACAUUUCGUUGGAUGGUUGGUUUUCAAGUGGGUUCUUAUUCUCCGCCAGUGACAUUUUUCUUACAAGCAAAAUACAAUUAGAAUUCUGAUACUGUAUAAUAAAGAUCAAUGUCGAUUUUUCCUUUUUUGAGCAUCCACGAACGUGUGAAUAUUCUUUCGGAUGUUAUAGUUACGGGGAAAGUGUUAGUACUUUUAUUUAUUUAAAUUGAAUUACUACCCCUCGGAAUUGGUUGCAGGCCAGGCUUGCAGCGUCUGCUAUUCACUGAGAAGGAUUAAAGUAAUGCUAAAAAGACUAUGAUAGUUUGAGUCUAACCAUUUUCGUUUUUAGCUUUAUUUCAUGUAAAUGACCUAUUAACUUGUAAGUGGUAACUAAUACCAAUCGACGAUAACACUUUCAUUCCUAACAGUGCAAAAUAGCUGAUCAGAUUUUAUGUUAACUUUUAAUCAGCUAAAAUUCCAAAUAUAACAUCUUCCGUCUAUAGCUUCAUUAGAAUUGAAACCUACAAAAAUCCGUCAGUUUCCUCUCAAAGUUUUACAGAAUAUUUAAUAUUACGAAAUGUGUUUAUAUUGAUUAAAUAAAUGAAUGCAUUAUUUUAAUUUUGAAAAUUCAUAUCUUCAGUUAAAAUUUGAUGCAAAUAGUUUCUUUCAAAAUAUUAAUAGAAAGAAUAGUCAAUAAUGCAUGCUAUGGAUUUCAGUUUAUAAAUACUCACCUUGAAAGGUUUAUGUAAUGUAGGUGUAGCAAAAUUGAAAUCCAUCAACAAUGUCGGGAAGCAGCAGACUAGAUGGCAAGGUAGUAAUCAUAACAGGUGGAGCCAGUGGGAUUGGAGCCGAAGCCGCUAGGCUCUUCACUGAGCACGGAGCUAAGGUGGUCAUCGUCGACUUACAGGAAGAGCUUGGUCUAAGCGUUGCCCUUUCCAUCGGGAAAGAUAUGGUUACUUACUACCACUGCGAUGUUACAAACGAGAUGGAAGUGGAGAACGCCGUUAAGUUCACCGUCGGAAAGUACGGAAAACUAGACGUUCUAUUAAGUAACGCCGGCAUCAUGGACCAGCCGGGGAGCGUCCUCGACAUGAAUCUCGAACAGUUUGACCGAAUAAUGUCGGUAAACGUUCGUGGUGCGGCUGCGUUUAUAAAACACGCUGCACGAGCCAUGGUGGAGAAAGGCACGCGUGGGUCCAUCAUAUGUAUGACGAGUUGUGCCGCAGAGAUCGGUGGUUCGGGAGCACAUGCUUACACAGCAUCCAAACAUGGGCUUCUUGGGUUGGUUAGGUCGGCUUGCGGGGAUUUAGGAAAAUAUGGGAUUAGAGUUAACGGCGUCGCACCGUAUGCGGUGGCGACGAGGAUGAAUAGCUCCGAUGAGGAAACGGCGAGGACGGUGGAGGAAUAUUUUGCAGCCGCAGGGAUUCUCAAAGGGGUGGUGCUUAAGGUUGGCCACGUUGCUCAGGCUGCUUUGUUCCUGGCUUCGGAUGAUUCGGCUUACGUUAGUGGCCAUAACCUCGUCGUUGAUGGUGGUUAUAGUGUCGUUAAGAACGUAGAUUUGGACUUUUCUAAACAAUAAAACCAGCAUUUUCUUGUUAUGUCGCUUUUCUUCACCAAUCGGGACUUUUGCUUUUGAAUAAUCUUGGUGUUGAAACAAAAAAUAAAUAAUAAUAAAUGGUAUAGAAAAAUAAAAUACAAGAUCAUAUUUGGGUUCA